AUGUCCAAGCAAGAUCCCGCUGAGCAGGUCCGCUUCCUCGUGUCCUGCAUUGGUCACACUACCAAUGGACGACCCGACUUCACUCUCGUCGCUCAAGAGCUCGGCAUUGUCUCCAAGGCCGCUGCCCAAAAGCGAUAUGAGCGAAUGCUCAAGGCCAACGGUGUGAGCGCCUCGUCCAAGAAGGCCAGUGGUGACGACGAUCUCACCACUCCCGCUUCUACUCCGGUGAAGCGCAAGCCUGCUGCUGGUGAUGCCGGUAGCGCCAAGAAGAAAACGAAGGCCACGAAGAAGGAGGAGAGCGACGAUGACAUGAAGGAUGUCAAGCCUGUCGUCCGAGCCCGGGCUCCGCGAACUCCCAAGAAGGAGUUGAAGAAGGAGCCAAAGGAAGAGCCUGUCUCUCCCGCCUCUGCACGUAGCGAGCUUCUGGGAUUUGGAAACACAUAUGGCUUAGUUGGCGAGGUGAUGAGUGCGGUGCUCAAACAUCAUGAGGCAGGAUACUUGCCCAACUACCUGGUCCAGUAUGGAUUUUUCAGUAACUGGUAUAUGAGGUUUUCUACGGUUUAUAGGUCGGGAACAUGA